AUGGGAAUACCGGAAUCUAAAAGACCACCACAAGAGUUUCUUGAUUCAGGUUUACUAGAACAUGAACCUAAUCGAUUUCAAGAUAAUCAAUCACGUUUACCAAACUUGGGAGAUUUCGAAAAGAUUACCAUCCGUUUAAGAUCAGAAGAAUCUCUUCCUAAAAACAUUUUCGAGGCAACUAAGUUUUUAUUUGAUGAUCCUAAUCUUGAUGAAAGAACAGUUCAUUUGAUUAUGCAUCAUAGGAAGACUCGAGUUCUAUUUAAAUUAAUUCAAGUCUUUGGAAUCGUUUAUAAUGAUCGUCAAUUCAUUAAAAUGUUGGCAAAUAGUAACAGAUGUGUCACUUUAUUAGAAAGUUUACAAGAAAAAAUUAAACAAAGAAAACAAGAUGAAAAGGCAGGAAAAAUUGAACCUCAAAUGUUCGAUGUGGAAUCUGAUGAAUGUGACAAGAUUUUAGAAUUAUUCAACUCUGAGAUGGAAGAUGAUGAAUCUAACUAA